CACAAGCUCUAGAGGGCUUCCGGGAGGAGGCUUAGGGAGCUGGGAAUCCAGGAGCAGAUGGUGGGUUCCUGCCGCUGCGGGUAGGAGAGAGGGAUAUGAGGCCAAGUUUGGGGUAAGGACUGUGGAGCUCCAUCAGAUCCCCACCCCCACCUCCCCUCAUCUGCACAAUCCUGCAAGAAGCCUUGGACAGGUUCUGGCUCAGAGAACUGGAGAGAGGCACAACGUCUGGCCCCCAGGACUUGGCCACAGCGUUCCUGACCUCGUCUGCCCCAUGAUCGCCCACUGAGGCCCAUUAGCCCCUCAGUUCCCUCAUGAGGCAUGAUUUAGCAUCCUUGAUGCCAGCCCCUAAGAGUCUGGGAAGGGCGUUUAAGUCCUGGAGGUUGGACAAGGCCCCCUCCCCACAGCACACCUUUCCAUCCACUUCUAUCCCAGGCAUGGCCUUUGCUCUCCUGGCCUCCGUGCCCCCGGUGUUUGGACUCUACACUUCUUUCUUCCCUGUCCUCAUCUACAGCUUGCUGGGUACUGGGAGACACCUGUCCACAGGAACUUUCGCCAUACUCAGCCUCAUGACAGGCUCGGCCGUUGAGCGGCUGGUGCCAGAACCCCUUGUGGGGAACCUGAGCGGAACCGAGAAGGAGCAGUUGGACGCUCAGCGGGUUGGGGUAGCCGCAGCCGUGGCCUUCGGGAGCGGGGCGCUGAUGCUGGGGAUGUUCGUGCUGCAACUUGGCGUCCUGUCCACCUUUUUGUCCGAGCCUGUUGUCAAGGCUCUGACCAGCGGGGUCGCGCUGCACGUGCUUGUGUCCCAGCUGCCGAGCCUCUUGGGGUUGUCCCUCCCGCGCCAGAUCGGCUGCUUCUCUCUCUUCAAGACGCUGGCCGCCGUGCUGACUGCGCUGCCCCGGAGCAGUCCGGCCGAAUUGACCAUCUCGGCGCUCAGCCUGGCGCUGCUCGUGCCGGUCAAGGAAUUGAACGUGAGAUUCCGAGACCGGUUACCUACGCCGAUCCCGGGGGAAGUCGUCAUGGUGCUUCUGGCCUCCGUGCUCUGCUUCACCUCUUCUCUAGACACAAGAUACCAUGUCCAGAUAGUGGGGCUGUUGCCUGGAGGAUUUCCCCAACCCCUCCUCCCCAACCUGGCUGAGCUGCCCAGGAUUCUGGCUGACUCGCUGCCCAUCGCACUGGUUACUUUUGCGGUGUCUGCCUCCCUGGCCUCCAUCUAUGCAGACAAGUAUAGCUACACUAUUGACUCCAACCAGGAGCUCCUGGCACAUGGUGCCUCCAACCUCAUCUCCUCCCUCUUCUCUUGCUUUCCCAACUCGGCUACGCUGGCCACCACCAGUCUACUGGUGGAUGCUGGUGGGAAAACACAGCUGGCAGGCCUCUUCUCCUGCAUAGUGGUCCUGUCGGUGCUGCUGUGGCUGGGGCCCUUCUUUUACUAUCUGCCCAAGGCUGUCCUGGCUUGCAUCAACAUCUCCAGCAUGCGGCAGAUGUUCUUCCAGAUGCAGGAACUUCCACAACUAUGGCACAUCAGUCGUGUGGACUUUCUCCUCCAGGUCCCAGGGCUCUGCAUCCUGAGCUAUCCAACACCACUGUACUUUGGGACCCGUGGGCAGUUUCGCCGCAACCUGGAGUGGCACCUGGGGCUUGGAGAAGGAGAAAAGGAGACUUCAAAGCCAGAUGGCCCAACUGUUGCAGUUGCUGAGCCUGUCAGGGUGGUGGUCCUAGACUUCAGUGGUGUCACCUUUGCAGAUGCUGCUGGGGCCAGAGAAGUGGUGCAGGUGAGGGAGAGGCUGGCCAGCCGAUGUCGAGAUGCUAGGAUCCACCUCCUCCUGGCUCAGUGUAAUGCCUCGGUGCUGGGGACACUGACUCGGGCAGGACUCCUGGACAGGGUGACCCCAGAUCAGCUGUUUGUGAGUGUGCAGGAUGCAGCUGCUUAUGCCCUGGGGAGCCUGGUAAGGGGCAGUAGCACCAGGAGCGAGAGCCGGGAGGCACUGGGCUGCGGCAAGUGAGGCAGGGGUAAGUGGCUGGAGACUCAGGGAGAGGGGUUUGGGAAAGGGUCUGCGGAGGAAGAUCAAGAAGAAAAGGGUGGGGAUGGAAUGAAUAGUGGAUUGAAGACCAACUCAGGGAGCCCAGGCUGAGCUAUGGGUGAGGAACUGAAGAACUCAGAUCCCUAAGCAGGUGGGGUACCCCUGAGAGGACUGCCACAUUUCAUCAAGGGAGAGGGUGCCUAAUCUAUUCCUGACAUGUCUCCUCUCGUCUCCAGGAGCUCACUGACCCAAAGAUUUGCACAGUGUGGGUCUGACCUCAUCAUGUGGAGUGCAGAGGGCCCCGAUGACAUGUGUGUGAUGAGGACCAUGACCUUGAGCUCCCUUACCUAACGUAACUAAUAAAAUGAAGCUGAGAGCUUUGGAAUCCA